AUGCCAUCUUCCAUCACCCUUACAGUCUCGCAAUUAGGGCAGUCGACCUCAUUCUUCCUCUCCGCCCUCCAACCUCUAGGCUAUAUUUACCGUGGUCAAGCCUGCAGUACCACAAUAGCAUUUGGUCCCAGAGACACCUCAAUACAUCCGGACUUCUGGCUGACACAAGCGACAGCCUCGGUGCCUGCCGGGGCCGCUCAUGUCGCCUUCCCAGCUGCGUCACGGCAAGCUGUGCAAGAGUUCUUCUCAGCAGCACAGCGAGCUGGCGGGACCACCCUCGGGGCGCCGUGCUUGAGGGAUUCGAGCGGCUAUUACUCGGCGGCUGUUGUUGACUUCGACGGAAACAGCAUUGAAGCCGUCCACAGACCUGCCCUAGAUGCCGGAGCAGCACAACUCAGGACCGAAAUAUGCUCUGUGGAUGUGACGCCCGAACGCUCCGAAGGCGCUCAGGGAUCACAGGUCGGAUCGAGGCAAGGCGACGCCUUCGACAUCGUUCUCGCACAGGCUCGUUCUGCCGCUGAUGUUGCCAGACAACUCGUCAGCUCUGUACGCCCGAAUCUGAAAUCUAGCCCCUCCGCUCCAGCGACCAGCACCCCUUCAACUCAAGUACACAACAAGGAUGCCUUUGCCAAGGCCGGCGAUCCAUCUAAUGCCGUCGUCGGCACCUUAUUUGGUGUGGCCGCCGGCGCUGCUAUGGCCUACGCCCUGACCUCCAGAAGCUCCUCGUCCUCGCCUCCGAAUGCUAGAUCUGCCAACGAUCGCCAUUUGCACGAUGACCGACCAAGAAUAGCACGCAGCGCCACCAUUCCCUCUCACCUAACCCGUGGCCGGGACAGCAGCCGAGACCACGACCACUACAUCGCUCUCCAAGACAAUGACUCAACCACCACCGCCAAACCAGACCAACACCGCCGUCGCAGAGGCAGCUUCGACUCGGGACUCGGUCCCUCGCCGCCUUCAUCUACAUCUACAGUUCAAUCAUCGCGCAGGACCAAGCAGAGACUCAUAGACGCACCGCCUCCACCGUCAGCGUAUCGCGGACCUGUUACUACAAGUGCGGCUGCUGUACCACCUCUUCCCACCCGGUCGUCCCGAUCAAAGACCCGCGACGCCGCCGAUCAUCAUGCAUCCAACAACUCGCGUAGUGGUGUUCGCAGCCGUUCGGAAUCACGCAGCAAACAUCAGCGCCACGACAGCGGUUACUCCGAGAACGGCUAUGAGACUGUCCUACACGUUACCACAAGACAAUCGUAUGGCCCGUCAUCGGCUAAAGAUAUCCAACCGCAGAAUUUUGAGAGAGGAGAUGUCAGAUCCACCAGCAAGACCCGUAGUAAAGCUUCCACGACGACAGCACGCCCGCCUUCGGAAGCAGCCCACCCGCUCCCACCGUCGCGAGCGGCGACCUGGACUGCAGACGGCGGCAGUAUUUCUCGGGCGCGAGGCAGGCUAGACACAACGAGGAAGAUAGGUGACGACGAUGCGGACACGUUCGUCAGCGCUCGUACUGGCAUCAGUGGCCUACGUACUGGUCACAGAGGGGCGGGAAAUGGGAGGGAUGCGCAGACGGUGAUUGGGAGGAUGCGGGACAUCCAGAGGUUGAAAGUGAGGGCUGGGGAGGUGCGUCCAGAGGACAGCGUUAGCCAGGUUGGCUGA